AUGAAUUUCGAAGGUUUUGCCUAUGGCUACGACUUUGAGCAGGAAAGCAAUCGGAGUCCACUAACCGGUAUCCCGUACCACGGUUUGAGUCCUGAUCACUUUUACCCCGACACACCGCCUCCACCUGCCGCGCAAUUCGCAACUCCUCAACCUCCCGUUGACGACGCCGUAUUGCCUUGGGUGCCCUCACCGCCAGAAGCCUUCUCUCCUCCCACGCCGUAUGCGGCUCACCAGCGGCUUUUAAGCCCCGAGCAGAUCCAGACACCGCCUCCCGUCGUUCAACGCCAGCAAUCGCGGCGUGCUCAACCACAAACCGUUCGGUUUGACGAAGCCCAGCUUGCAAUGGCCGAGGCCGAGAAUGCGGACCGGCCCAAGAUGGCUAGGCAGGAAAUCUCGCAGGGCGGCGGCCAGGUUACUCCUGGAAUCGACGACACCCCAUUCAUCCAGUACGCUUUGGAGGCUCUAACGAGAGAGGACGGCCUGCCCCUUUCUCAAAGCGUAUCAUCCACGAGAGGCUCCUAUCCUCGGCCCGAGCCUGCCGUGGCAGCCCAAUUAAGGACUAUCGCGGGAGCCGCUCCUAUUCCCGGCAUUGUACCGGCGGUGGCCAACCGCGACUCGCAACCUGUUGGGUCGACGCGUCGAAGUCGGAAUGCGGAGCCUACCGCCACCGCCGCCGCCGCCGUUGCUGUCGCUGCCGCCCCUCCUGUUCCCUUUAAUCAGCCCGGUACCUUGGCUGUUCCCGAUAACACCCCAUCGUUCUCGUCGACGAGCACGGCGAGUGCUCCCGCUUAUAUCAAGGCCCGAUCAAAUCUCUACGGCGCUAAUAAGCGGAUCGCCGUUCCCCACUCGGACGUGGGCCCGGGCUCGAGGUACGGUAACAGGUCCACUGCCCUGACCCACCUGCCUCCCGUGCUUCGACUUCCCUCCUUCCUCCUCCUCACGACGCUGAACCUCGUGAUGAUUGCCGCGCUCAUCCUUUCUGCCGCCUACUCGAAGCAGCAUGAUGGAUUGUUGUCCUAUCCGGGGACGCCAAGUGCCAUCUUCCAGGACCUGUACCCAAAGUCGUUUCUUUGGCCCCAUCUCGUCGGCCCGUUGCCGGUGAAAGUCUGCGCUGCCGUCACGUGGUUGCUGAACUUUACCCUGCCGAUCUUGUCAACUCUCUUUGGAAUUAUUUAUCUGGAUGGGGAGUGGUACUGGGCGACCGUCCAGGGUGUGGCGUGGGCGUUGGUCGUCUUCUACGUGGCUUACCUGGUUGCCCUAGGCUGCCUAGCCUGGUUCUGGUUCGGGCGGGUGACGGGCAUGAUUUGGGACAUCCGGUCCAUUGCAGACAUGGUUCCCAUGUUGCACUAUUCGGCGGUCAACCACAGUUACCACAGCACUCAGGCCACUUCGACGCGCAGUCAGCUCGAGGUCAAGCUACGAGAGCGCGCUAUCGACAGGCUAGGGUACUGGCAGUUUGAGAGGGCCGGCAUCGCGGACCACGAGAACGUCGAUGAGUACUUGUCGGAUCGGAAAAAGACCAAGUUCUACAGGACCGAUGCCGAAUCCGCCAACUCGAGCCUCACGCAGAUCCCUAGGGCCCUGGCGCCGGAGGCCAGAUACCGGUACCUCCCCUGGUGCCUACGCAACGUGCAGAUGAUUGCCUUUUUGCUUGUGGGCGUGGUCAUCUUGGUGGUGCUUCUCGUGCUCUCGUUCCACCCCAACACGAGGCUGACUCGGGGGUUCUGGCCCAAGCUUCCCGCUCGACCCGACAAGAACGCUUUCUCGCCCGCCAACUUUUUGUACAACUUCAUUCCGUCACUGAUUGGCCUCAUCCUCUUCCUUCUCUUCCAGUCCCUGGACAUGGCGUACCGUCCCUUGGUGCCAUGGGCCGAGCUGUCCAAGCCCGAGGGUUCGCCGGCGGCCAAGUCCAUCCUCGUCGACUACGCCGCGUGCCUCCCCGUACAGGCCACCUUCAAGGCGCUCCGAAACGGGCACUACCGCAUGGCCCUCAUCUCCUUCCUCUCCACCGCUCUCGUCUUCCUUCCGAUCCUAGGAGGCGGCAUGUUCUUGGCGCUCACUGUCAGCGGCACGACGGAUGUGCGCAUGUUUCCCAACAUUCCCGUGUUUGGCGUCACGCUCUCACUCCUCGGCCUCUUUGUCUGCGGGCUGGCGGCGCUGCUCCCAGCUCGGGGCGCGUACCGUAUGCCGCACGCAGUGACGUGCUUGGCGGAGAUCUUUACCUUUAUCACCAACGAGGACAUUAUCGACGAUGCCGCCUUCCGGUUCCCGCGAAGCAAGACGGAUCUUCUGGGCAGGCUGGGUGUGGGUAGGGCUGCGGAAGAGCAAUCGAGGUGGCACCUCGGGGUCUCGGCGGGCCGCGACGAAACGAUGGGAGUACGAAGGCUCCGAAAGUUUACAGAAAAAGACCGGCCACGAGGAGGGGCCAGGAUAUUGUUUGAGGGAGAUGAAUAUCCAGAAUGA